UAACCCCCUUCAGCAUCAAAAGGGAAAAAAAAAGUCACAUUCACAGACAAGGAAACCCUCCUUAAAAAGUUUACAAUGGUCGUGUCUCAAAACCUAGUGCAUAUCUGCACAGUGUUAUAGAAUGUUAUUCCGCGCCCAAAUUAUGUCUAAAAUGCUGUCUAGAUAGGCAGCUCACUAGGUAUUGAGACACGGCCACUCUUCCAGCUGAUAAAAACUCUGGAACUGGAAAACCACAUCUCAGACGUCUGUUUUGUUUUACUCCACUCUUGACACUUUUUAUGUACAACGCCCGUUGUUUAUUUCGUGUUUAGUGUAUUGUCUGUGAAAAUAAAAGGCUUUUCUUUGCUUAUCUAGACAAAUAAGCUGUGAGCAGCUCUUGAGUUGAGCUGUGAAGUGCGAGUCAGAUUUUCCAAUAGCUCAUUUAUGAAAAGCACGCGAGCUCCUUUUCUGCCUGCUGAUCUGUAGUAGUCUGUGACUGUGAGUAUGCUGUUGCUCCAGGACAGAAUGAGAAGGACUUGUUUGUCCUGGUGCCUUUUCCUGCUGUUUGUCUGGUACCCAGCGGGCAGCAUAGUGACGGAGAUUGAGCUGGAGGAUUCGGACUGGAACUGGGGUUCUGGAUUACACGAACUCCUAAACAGCUUUCCAGCUGAUAGUCCAUUUGUCAGAGAGACGCCUGGCAGGCCGGCCAACUGCACUCAGCGCUUCUGGCUUCCUCCAUCCUCCCCUGUGUGCUGGGAUGAUAUAGCGGGCCCAGAGGAGUUUGAGAAGUCCCGCAUUCUCGUGCUGCAGAACAGGGCGGCACUGCAGGCCGUAUCGACAUCUAGUGGUCUCGAGGAAGGGGGUGCGUCCUACGAUCAACAGGCCAGGGAGAACAUGCAGGGCGUCCGGGCUGACCAUCUCGUUGUGGCCCAGACGGCUGAUACAAUGCAGAAGGUGUUCAUGGAUUUGGAUGAGAAGAGGAAGGAGGGGAAAGAGCAUUAUACCUUCUCAAGUCUGAAGGAGCAAAUUGACAACACGAAAGACUCCAUUGCUAAAAAGGAGCAAGUAGCAGCUCUUCUAGAGAAACAUCUUGCCAAUCUGGAGAGGUCUUUGAACACUAUGCAGCUUCAAUUGGCCAAACUACUUCCCCAGUAAUUUCAUUUGAGCAGCACAACCUACACAUGUGGAAAAUAAUAUAAUGCAUGUUUUAUUAUUACAUUUUAUCAAACACACAAGACUUGUAUGACCAUGUACUGCAUGCCAACAGCACCCUGUAUUUCUCUUUUGUGUGCGUAUUUUCCUCUUGUUUUUCCACUCCAUUAAGUAAAUGGGAUAAAUAUUAGGUAAUGGCAAUAAAAUCUAUUUUUAUACCCCCA